UCUUAUUCCGCCGGUCCAUACUGUGACUCAAGACAAAGUCAAUCUCUAUUUCUACGCAAAUAUACGAGUCCCAACUGAAAAGCAAUUCCCUAUUCUUCUUCGUAAUAUCUUCAUCUUUCUCUCCUUCUCUCUCUCUCUCUCUCUCUGAGACUUGAAACUGGUGGAUUGAUUGUGAAAAGGGAAGAUGUGGGCAGCUUCUUGCCUUGCGUCGUGCUGCGCAGCUUGCGCUUGUGAUGCGUGCCGGACGGUGGUGUCAGGGAUUAGCCGGCGGUCUGCAAGAAUUGCGUACUGUGGCCUCUUUGCACUUUCUCUGAUUGUUUCAGGGAUUCUCCGUGAGGUUGCCGCUCCUCUAAUGGAAAAGCUCCCUUGGAUUAAUCAUUUUCAUAAGACACCAAACAGGGAGUGGUUCGAAACAGAUGCUGUGCUGCGAGUCAGCUUGGGAAAUUUUCUCUUUUUCACUAUUCUAGCAGUUCUAAUGACUGGUGUGAAAAAUCAGAAGGAUCCUCGUGAUAGUUUGCACCAUGGUGGAUGGAUGAUGAAAAUCAUUAGUUGGUGCCUUUUGGUAAUCUUAAUGUUUUUCCUUCCAAACGAGAUUAUCAGCUUCUAUGAAACAAUAUCAAAGUUUGGCUCUGGAUUGUUUCUUCUUGUUCAAGUUAUGCUUUUGUUAGAUUUUGUUCAUGGAUGGAAUGACAAAUGGGUUGGAUAUGACGAGCAGUUCUGGUACGUCGCCCUAUUUGUUGUUUCACUUGUUUGUUAUGUAGCCACAUUUGUCUUCUCAGGAUUUCUCUUCCAUUGGUUCACACCAUCUGGCCAAGACUGUGGUCUCAACACCUUCUUUAUUGUCCUGACCCUGAUCCUUGUGUUUGUUUUUGCUACAGUUGCUCUGCACCCUGCUGUAAGUGGAAGCGUUUUGCCAGCUUCAGUUAUUUCUUUUUACUGCAUAUACCUCUGCUACAGUGCACUUGCUAGCGAACCAAGGGAGUAUGAGUGCAAUGGCCUUCACAAGCAUUCAAAAUCUGUUUCCACCGGUACUCUUACAGUUGGUCUGCUUACGACAAUUCUGUCAGUUGUCUAUUCUGCAGUCCGUGCUGGAUCAUCUACUACUCUGCUCUCACCACCAAGUUCACCACGUGCUGGUGCAGGGAAGCCUCUGCUUCCAUUGGACAACAAGGCUGAAGAGAAGGAAGAAAAAGAGAAGGCCAAGCCAGUUACAUAUUCAUAUUCCUUCUUCCAUAUCAUUUUCUCCCUUGCAAGUAUGUAUUCAGCUAUGCUGCUGACUGGGUGGUCGACUUCAGUGGGGGAGAGUGGGAAGCUGGUCGAUGUGGGCUGGGCUUCUGUGUGGGUCAGAAUUGUGACUGGGUGGGCGACCGCAGCUCUGUAUCUCUGGUCUUUGGUUGCCCCUAUUAUGUUCCCAGAAAGGGAGUUCUGAGCACCUCUUUGAAAAUAUCUAUCUGUAAGUAAAUUUACUGUAUGCAUGUGUGCUGAUUCUGACCUGCUUUCAGACGAAAAUUUAUAUCCCCCGCUGUAUAAACGGAAUGGUUUGUAUUGGACAUGAUCCAAUAGAGGGGCGCCAUGUUGAGUGAGCACUGAAA